GGGAUACGCUUUUAAUGUGGGUCGUACAGUAAAGUAUGUGUUCUAAUAACGUGAACUACAAUCUAAUCAAGCGACAGCUGCUUAAAUGUUUAAGUGCAUAAAAUACAGAACAAAUAUCGUGUCAAAGUUCAACCAGAUAAGGUCCUAUAAAAUUCUAAUCGGUUUUUUGAAGUUAUUUCACUUCUUUUAAACAUAACAUAGUGAAAUGGUGACGUUACACGUAAUUGCAUCGCUUCUAGCGUUCGCCGCCGUCUCACGUGCGACGUUAGACUGCUCAAAAACGUUCCCGCAUUCAGGUCUGACGUCACGUUACAAUGAGACAAUAGCUCAUGCUAUACAUUCCAUGACGGUAAGAGGGCUUAAACUUUUCAAUAACCGGGCAUCAGCGAAGAACUUCGUGCCGACGGUGAACCAAGACCUGAGUGAGGAAAUAGCUGUGCUGGACCAUGCACCGGAAGAACCGCUGGACCACGACUUUACAACACUUACCAUGAACAUCGUUGACAAAAUUCUCUCAACUCUGGGCAACUCAAAAGAUGGACUGGGUCCACACUGGUCACCAGUUGAACGUGUUGCCCACGUGUUUCAUAUGUGGGAUCUCUGGUACAAGAUCAAAGAGACCGCCUGGGACAACGUGCAAAACAAUAAACCACGUGACGAAGUUUGCACGUGCCUUGCCUCUGUUGAAUUCAAUGGCAUAAAGGAUGCUGUCGCAUGGGUCGCAAACCACUAUAAAACCGGCACGCCGAUCACUUUGUUGGAUCGUCCUAUACCAAAACUGGUCGACGCCAACUCCUGGGGAAUCUGGAAACAGCGUCUGCUGCACUACUAUACACCGGAAGCUCUUAAUGAUGCCGCCAUGUACCUCCACUGUGUCUCACAGUUCUGGUAGAAUCCUUGAAAGGAAGAUUUAUUUAGUGUUUAUUUUGUAAUGGAAUCACUUAUUUCUAUAACAUAUUGUACCGAAUGAUUGUCCUUAGAACUACCUUAGUGUAUGAUGUAUUUUUCUGAACUUUUAGUUAGAGAAUUGUGACUUUACUUUUGAAUAAACUGAUAAUAUAUA